CAACGAAGGCCAAAGUUCCCUGAUGCUGGUCAGAGGAAAAAGCAGAACCUGAGAGCAUUCGUCUCAUGCUGACUGAACAGUGUCUUUUUUUAGGCAUUUCAUUUUGGAGAAAGUGUUAAAAGCUACACUUAGUUUUAACAUCGAGCCCGUGGCCUGGAGGACGCUGACUCAGCCGGCUGCAGGUUUCGGGUACCAGGUGGUCCAGAGGCCAUCCGAGUGAGUCAACGCACGUUGUUGUGGAACGUGGGUCGACACUCGCCUUAGAAAUGUUUGAUUUGUGUAUCUAUCUUGCUUUUUUUGUCACAUGUUCGUCUGGUUGUAUUUCCUCAGCUUGCUGGUCAGUGCUCCUCUUCACCAGUACUCACAAAGAGGAAGAGGAAAGAUAUAUAAAUGCUCCACCGAGUCAUGCAGUGAACUAUCGAUUCCCAUGGUGGACUUUGCAGUGAACAUGUCUCUUGGUUUGACGAUGACAAAUGAUCCCUCCACACAAAACACGUUGGCGUGUGGUCCAACCAUCCCGAAGGACUGCAAAAGUAUCACCAUGUACAGCGGUGCAUGCUUCCAGAUAGACCGUUUUAAUCGAGUUACAGGUCCUGUCCCGUCUUCUCUUGGAGACUGCCGAUCAGCAGACAUUGCAUUUUUGUUGGAUGGCUCUGGCAGUGUGUCAAGACCAGAUUUUAACAUAAUGAAGAUUUUUGUAAAAAAUCUGGUCCGCUCCCUCCUGCCUCUUGACACGAAGUUUGCCAUUGCCCAAUUCUCCAGUUAUCCCAAAGUCCAUUUCUACUUCGAUGAUUUUCUCUCUGGAACUGGAUCAUGGGAACAGAAAGUUGAUAACAUUCAACAACAAAGGCAAUCAACGUUCACAGCUAGAGCCAUUAAAUAUGUGGUCUCAAACGUUUUCACACCAACAAAAGGUUCCAGGUCAGAUGUGAAGAGAAUCUUGAUCGUCAUUACCGAUGGAGAGUCCCACGACCGGAAUCUUUUGUCGUCUGCAGCCGCGUUAGCUGAGAAGGAAAAUAUCGUUCGAUUUGCUAUUGGAGUGGGUGGCGCAUUUAACAAUGUUGAUGCAAAAAAUGAACUGGACAUCAUUGCAUCUUCUCCCAACGAAAACGUGUUUCGAGUGGAGAGUUUUGACGCGCUUGAAAAAAUAAGGAAAAGUUUGCAAGCCAAACUCUUUUCCAUUGAAGGAUCGCAAACAAGUGGAGAGUCACUGAAACUGGAAAUGGCUCAAGAGGGAUUCAGCGCAGUUUAUGUGCCUGAGGGCAUUCAGAUAGCUAUUGUUGGUGCUAAUGUGUGGAAAGGAGGCUACCUCCAAUACUCGAUGUCGACCGGCAUCAAGAGGGGCUCCUAUGAAUCCAACAUCGAAGCUGACAGCUAUCUGGGUUACUCGAUGGCCGUCGCCAACACGAAGCAAGGCCCGUUGACAAUUAUCGGCGCUCCAAGAUAUCAACACCGGGGAGUUGUGAUGACAGUUUUCCAAAACACGAAUCAAAAAAGGAUUGAUCCCUUUCCAUGGCAGUUUCAGAUUGGUGAAUAUUUUGGAGCCGCUGUCUGUGCGAUGGACGUGGAUCUGGACUCCUACACUGACCUCAUCCUCAUCUCUGCCCCCAUGUUCAUUGACACUGACAGAGAGGGAAGAGUUUACGUUUGCACCUUAACGUCUUUGAAUGUGGAGUGUCACUUAGACUCUCCGUCAGUCCUCAGAGGAGAUGCAUCUGCCAGUGGAAGGUUCGGGUCUUCUCUCGCUGUCCUGCCGGACCUCAACGCAGACGGCCUCGGCGACUUGGCAGUCGGAGCGCCUUUGGAGGACGACGGUCAAGGCGGCGUCUACAUAUUCCACGGCGCAGGAGGAGGAGGAAUACAUUCUGCCUACUCACAGAGAAUAGCUGCCUCUGAAGUCCGGUCGGGACUCAAGUUCUUCGGCAUGUCGAUCAGUCAGUCGUCUUUUGACCAAAGUAAUGACUUUCUGCCUGACUUGGCGGUGGGUUCAAAGGGCGCCGUUGUCUUACUUCGAUCAAAGCCAAUUGUCAUGGUGGAAGCUACAGUGUCGUUCAGCCCAAACCAAAUCUCCACUCAAAACUCAGACUGCUCGACACUGUUGACGAACACAGCGACCAUCUGCUUCACCAUGACCAGACACUCGAGAGUAGAGAAAGCUGAAGCAAGGAUUAGUUAUAAUCUAACGCUGGACUCCACCCGCAAAGUCCCAAGCAACCGGGCCUCCUACGUUGACACGAAACAACGAGAGAUGAGAGGAACAGUUAAUCUUGUUUUACAGCAGCUUGAAUGCGUAACUUUGGUAUUUGAUAUCGAGGCUUGUCCAGAAGAUUCUCUAAAUCCGAUUAAUAAUGAACUCAAAUUCGCAUUUGAAGGUUUACCUGUCGGCCAAAAUCCAAGUCCAAGUCUCGCCCAGCAGGCGCAGACAACAAGCUUUCAUCCUUUAGGGUUCGAGAUUAAUUGCGGCUCGGACAAUAAAUGUGUUGAUAACCUGAAAGUGGAUUUCAACUUCACCAGAUCCUUAGAGGUUAAAGUGGGCAUUGAUGAACUGUUGGACGUCACCGUCUCAUUGGAGAACAGCGAGGAGAACUCCUACAACAGCCAUCUCAUUCUCACAUACCCGGUCGGACUCUCAUUCAGGAAGUAUACCGUUCUGCAGGGAAGAAUUGAGUGCAACUCCUUGGACAGUGAAGAUGGCGUAACGAGAGGAAAGACCGACUGCACUGUUAACAUGCCGAUUUUGAAGAGCAACACUAAGGUUUUCUUCAUUGUCUCCUAUGGGAUCGAAACUAACAGUAAACUUGACAGGAGUAUUUUUGUCUCUGCAAAUGCGACCAGUGGGAAUCAGGAGCACUCCAGCUCAAGUGAACUCUACAAAAUGAAAAGGAUAAAUGUGAAGUACAGCAUUUUUGCUACGAUUGAAAGUUCCCUCAGCUACAGCAAUUUCUCAUUCGGCAAGAAUAAUCUGCACAAACCAGUCCAACACUCAAUUACGGUUACAAAUGAUAUAAGAGCUCUGAAUUUAACCGUGGCGAUCAGGGUGCCUGUGAAACUCGGUGAUAAGGACAUCUGGUUGGAUUCCAGCCGUUUGCAGAUUCCAGACUGCCAAAGGGACAAAGAUGAAGAACCCAAUGACACCGAUUUUAUUGCCAAGAUACAGAAAAAUAAGUUAGUGGACUGUUCUGUAGCCAGGUGUGCCGUUUUCAAAUGCAGCAGGUACAUGGAAAGACUGGAGAGGAACAAGUACACCAUCUCUGCCAACCUAAGUUCUGGAUGGAUAGAGCAGAUUGGACUUCAAUCUGCCAAAUUCUUCCUGACGAGCACGGCCAGUCUGGAGUACGACAGAAAACAGUUCAUCUUUUUUUCAACGGGUUCUUAUAACAACCCUCCUGUCCGCAAGAUUCAGGCAGAGGUGGAAGUGUAUGCUGAACCGGACUUUACCAUAGAGAUUGUCGGAGGAAUCCUGGGAGGGUUGGCUCUCCUGGCGUUGCUCACCGCUGGCCUGUAUAAGGCUGGAUUUUUCAAGAGUAAAUACAAGGAAAUGAUUAACGAUGAUGCGGCGGAUCCGGGGGUUGAUGACGGCGCACCCACACCAGAAUAACAAAAGCUUGUUCCAGAUCAAAGAUAUUCAUAGUAUUAGCCUGCUGAUUGCAGCUGACCACAACAAAACCGUUUCACAUCUACAGUGGCGCCUACUCCAACUCUGAUUACGUCAUCUGUUCUUAGAGCUCUAGCCUUUUCAUAAUAUUUUGCAUUUUCAGGAAUCUACAUUUUUAAGGAAGAAUACUACUUUCGAUUGUUCAAACUAGUCUGUGUCUGAAAUCACUCUGUCACUUUGUCAUUUAAUAUUUCUCAUAACUGAGGUUCUCUACCACGGGGUCUGGACGAGAGGUUGCACGAUGAUUUCCUGUACAGUUGGACCUCUUCUGGUCCCUAAAAAAUAAUCGAAUGAAAGUCUGAGCAGGAAAAAGAGACAUCGAUUCAUAAUAAUACAAGAGUGAGAACCGCUCUCCUAUAUUAUAGACAUUCAAUAAUUGACCUCAUAAGUAAGCAGUACAUUGAAAUUUCAGCCGCUUUUCAGUGUAAAAUUGGGGCACUCAAAUAAAAUGGUCGUGAUUAAUUUAGAGCACUUAGAAAAAAUAUAUAUACACUACCGUUCAAAAGUUUGGGGUCAUUUAGAAAUGUCUUUAUUUUUCAAAGAAAAGCACAGUUUUUUAAAUAAAGAUAACAUUAAAUUAAUCAAAAAUACACUCUAUACAUUGUUAAUGUAUAGAGACCAAAGUGAAAGUAGUCACACAGUGUAACUGUGGCGUGCUUUAAUUUAAGGCAGUGUAAUCUGUCAUUUUAAAGUCAUUUCAGUCUUUGGAAAUGUAUUCUUUAUCAAAUGGUUUGAGUAAGUAUACACACAACUUUAAUUCACAUAUUUCUUUGAAAAUAUAUUUUCAAUAGGUCAUUAUUAUUGGUUUUGACUCAUCAUUCAUUAUAUAUUCAUUUCUACUCAAUAACGUUUGGUUAAAAAGGUUAUUGAAUUAAUUUAGAAUGAAUAAAGUGGAGUUUCACAAGA